AUGAAAGAACCUAUUCUUAUUACCCUUAUCGUUUAAGCGGAUAAAGAAAAUGAUUUUAUAGUUUAAUUCCCUUUGAAAAAGGUCAACUCUAUGUGUUAAAUUGAAAGAGAAAGAUUAUUAAGAUUUCUUAUUAAAUAACAUAAAAUUUAAGCAUAAGAUAAAACUAAAGUAAUUCUUGGUAAAAAUUAUUUACUAAAUUAGAAUUUUAUGAUUUCUAAAAUGAAGCAUUCAUCUAAGAAAAAUAAGUUACAAUAAAAAACAAUACAUUUUAAUUUUCAGAAAAAUUUUUAGGAUCUCCUGAACAACUAGUUUUAAUUGUAGCCAUUUUUUACAAUUUCAGCUACUCAAAAUUAAUAGAAAUCGAUUAGGCAAUUGAAAUGUUUGAAAUUGACAAAAGAUAAUUUUAAGAGCAGAAUAAAUAAUAAUAAAACUAAUUUUAGGAAUAUGCAUAACAGUUCUAAGAAAUGAAAAAUACUUUAGAUGAUAUAUAAAAUCAGCUUUCAACUUAAAAAUCGUAAAAGCAAAUAGAAAAGGCUGAUAUUGUAAUUCUGUAUAGUAAUCCAAUUAUUAGAGUUAAUAAUGGAAUAAAAGAGUCUUUAUUUGUAGAUUACUAAUCAGAAAUAGAUAAAAUUGUUGAAGCUAUUGCCCAAUCUAAUAAACCUAUAAGAUAUUAAGUUUUGAAUGCUACCCUAAGCAAUCUGGAAUUGGCAAUUAAUUUACAUCCAAUUAUCAUACAUGUGAUUUCACACGGAGAUUAUGAUGAAAAAUCUGCCUCUUUGUAUUUAGAAUUCUAGGAUGAUGGCAUUUCUACAAAAUUAAAAACCGAUGAAAUUUAAAAUAUGAUUUAAAACCACAAAGCUAUGACAAGAAUCAAACUCAUAUGCAUUAGUUCAAUUGUGGCAAAAAAUAUAUCUGAUUAUAUACCGAAAGCCAUCCCAACUGUAGUUUUCCAAAAAUUUUACAAUUCAGUGGAUCUUGAAGGUCCGAUUUUUUGGGGAAAAUUUUAUGAAAAAAUUUUAGCUGAUUUUACCAUUUAAAGUGCCUAUGAUUAGGCAAAAAAAGAUCUUAAACUCAAAUUUUGGAAAAAUGAUUCCAAAUUUAUUUGUUGUUGCUUCCACAAACACAAUGAAAAAUGUCCUUAUGAUCCUGCUUCUAUAGGAUUUGAAGUUUCCCAUAGUUAACAUCUUUCGUGUGUUUAAUAAAAAUGGUUGCACAUAUUGAUAUCCUACCUACCCCACACUACAGUAGAUGAAGAAUAAUGUGAAUUAAGUUGUUUAGGAAGGUUAAUUCAUAAAUGUACAAAUUAAUGUGAUAAUUAUGCUAAUCAAAUUGACACUAUACUUCAAAAAUUAUAAAUAACUUAGAUUGAUCAAGAUACUUUGUAUGCAAACCUUUAGAGUAUUGAGAAUAAGCCUUAUGGUUGCUGUUGCGAUUAAUUAAAUGCCAUAUUAGAGACGAUUGAAAACAGUAACUAAAACUUAGCUAAAUAAUAGCAUACUUAUGAUUAAAAAAUUGAAUUGCAUCUAUUUGAUGAAAAUGCAAAUAAUUUAAAUUUCUCUGAAAAAAUUGAAAAUAAUUAAGAACAACACACAGAUAUUAAUUUUAUCAAAGUUGAUAAAUAGAUUAUUUUAGUUCAUUCUUAUAAUUUAUAAAAUACUGAUUUGUAAGAAUAAUCCUUAAAGGCUAUAUCUUCUUACUUUAAAGUAAUAUUAAAUAUAUCUUUUAGGUUUAUUUGAAAUAAAUGUCAAUUAAAAAACAGAUUCAAAAAGUUUAAAUUAAUUUAAAAGAUUGUAAUAUAAAUAAUUGGAUAGAAUAUGUGGCAAACCAAUUAAAUUUUUAAUAUUCUAAUAAUUAAGACUUUUUUAUCAAAUUAAAAGAUUAUUUCAUCACUCUCAAAAAUCAAGUUCAAUAUCUGUACAUUUUUCUUAUUGAAAAUAUAAUCAAUAUUUACGCCUCUGAUUAAUUUAAGAUGUUUUACGAAUAAAUUUAAAAUGUAAUUGAGAGUCAUUUCAUACUUGUUUUUACUGUUGAUAAUGUCUAAAAAGAUCAUUUAAAAUCACUUACCGCCGAUAAAUUAAUCUAAUUGAUAGAUUUAAAUCAGUUAUAUAGUUUAAUUGAAAUAGAAAAUGCCUAAAAAUGA